AUGGAGGGGGCGAGCGGGUCCAGCUUCGGGAUAGACACGAUCCUGUCGGGCGGCGGCUCCGGCAGCCCCGGCGGCAUGAACGGGGACUUUCGCCCGCACGGCGACGCCCGGCCCGCGGAUUUUCGCAACCAGGCCACGCCGUCGCCCUGCUCGGAGAUCGACACGGUGGGCACGGCGCCGUCGUCGCCGCUCUCGGUGAGCAUGGAGCACCCCGAGCCGCACCUGGGGGCGGCCGAGAGCCUCCCGCCGCCGCCGCACCACCUCCACCUCGGCCCGCACCCGCCGCCGCCGCCAAGUUUGCAGCCGUCGCCCCCGCAGCCGCCGCCCCAGCUGGGCUCGGCCAGCGCCGGCCCCAGGACUUCCACCUCCUCCUUCUUGAUUAAGGACAUUCUGGGCGACAGCAAACCGCUGGCGGCGUGUGCCCCUUACAGCACCAGCGCGCCCUCGCCCCAUCACGCCCCCAAGCAGGAGGGCAGCGCGGCCCCGGAGAGCUUCAGGCCGAAACUCGAGCAGGAGGACGGCAAGAGCAAGCUGGACAAGCGCGACGACACGCAGGGCGACAUCAAAUGCCACGGGACGAAGGAGGAGGGCGACCGGGAGAUCAGCAGCAGCCGGGACAGCCCGCCCGUGCGGGCCAAGAAGCCGCGCAAGGCGCGCACGGCCUUCUCCGACCACCAGCUCAACCAGCUGGAGCGCAGCUUCGAGCGCCAGAAGUACCUGAGCGUGCAGGACCGCAUGGACCUGGCCGCCGCGCUCAACCUCACCGACACGCAGGUGAAGACCUGGUACCAGAACCGCAGGACGAAGUGGAAGCGGCAGACGGCGGUGGGCCUGGAGCUGCUGGCCGAGGCCGGGAACUACUCGGCGCUGCAGAGGAUGUUCCCCUCGCCCUACUUCUACCACCCCAGCCUGCUGGGCAGCAUGGACAGCACCACGGCGGCCGCCGCCGCCGCCGCCAUGUACAGCAGCAUGUACCGGACUCCCCCCGCGCCGCACCCCCAGCUCCAGCGGCCGCUGGUGCCGCGGGUGCUCAUCCACGGGCUGGGGCCCGGCGGGCAGCCGGCCCUCAACCCCCUGGGCAACCCCAUGCCGGGCACCCCGCACCCGCGGUGAGACGGCGCCGCGGCCCCCGGACGAGCCCUUCCCCUCCCCGUCCCCAGACGAGCCCCAGCACCGCGGAGAAGGAGCCGAGGGGAAGCCGAGGGGCAGGAGCUUCUGCCGGCAGCCAGCAGCCACCGGAGGAGGCGAUCAGUCAGUCAGAGCGGGGACUCUUGAGCCGUGAGCCCCGAGCCGAGCCCGUAAGUGCAACGAGCCGACGCGGGGGAGCGCGGGCAGCGCCGCGGGGCGCCCCGACGCCGGCGGCCGCAGCCCCUGCGAGACCGGACUCGGGGCUCGGCGGAGCGAGGGGGAGCGCGGGAGCGGGAGCCGGCCCGAGAGACGGAGGACUUGCGAGCCGAGGGACGGAGAGCGUCGCCCCUCGCCCGGCGGCGAAGACCGGGGCAACGGAGAACUUUGCACUGAUUUUUCUCAUGACAUUUUUUUCUUAUUGAAAAGUGGCAUGCUCCCUAAUGCGAACAGAGUUGUACAGACCGAGUGCUGAGUGCUAUAUCAUAUUUAUUAUAUGUUGUCCAAAAAAAAAAAAAAAAAUUCACUUCUAUACGUUAGUUUAAAACGAACGAACGUGAUUUCUCCCCUCUCCCUUUUCAUGUCUUUUUGGA